AGCUGCUUAUAAAUGAUGUGAGACGAUCUUCGAUACAAAUUGAUUAUAAAUACCCCAGCAUUGGGUAUUUUGGAUCGCUAGAUCACCACGUCAAAGAUCUUCUGCUCUAAUUCUCUACUAUUGACGAUGGCGCUUAAGUAUCUCAUCACUGGAGCUACCGGGGGUCUCGGGUCUCGGGUCCUGGAUUAUCUCGUCGCAAAUGUCCCUUCGUCUGAAUACGCCGCCGCAUCGUCGAGGGAAUCGAGUCGUCAGCAGUUCGAAGACCGAGGGAUUGCCUUUCGCUUGGUGGAAUACGAUGAUCCAAAGUCACUAGACGCUGCCUUUGUCGGCGUGGAGAAUCUGUUCUUCGUCAGCACGAAUACAUUCGACGUUGAGAAACGCACCAGGCAGCACCGGAACUUUAUCGAUGCUGCAAAGAAGGCUGGGGUUAAGCAUGUGUGGUAUACCUCUCUGGCGUUUGGUGGAUUCAAGUCCGAUUCCACUGUUGACGUGCAGAAAGCCCACUUGGAGACGGAAAAGAUGCUGAAGAGUUCUGGAGUGACUUUCACUUCCAUCCGCGAAGGGAUCUACACAGAAGCCUUUCCCUUGUUCCUUGGCUGGUAUCCCAACACGCAGACCGUCUACAUCCCCUCGGACGGCCCGGUGGCCUUUACUUCUCGCACUGAGUUAGGAGAGGCCAACGCUCGACUUAUGAUGCGGGGUGGGUUCGAGAACGAGAUCGUUCUCUUGACAGCGCAGGAGGCCAUUACCUUUGCCCAGAUGGUCAACGUGAUCAACAAAACCACCCAGAGAAACGUGAAACUUGAGGUCGUGUCCAGCAGUCAGUACGUCCAGUUGAAUGCCGCCCGUGACGAGGGAGAGAAGCCCGCUGCGUUCUUUGAAACCCUGGUAUCCUGGUAUGACGGCAUCACGAACGGAGACGCAAGCGCAACGCACCCUUUGAUGGCUGAGAUUCUGGGUCGAGAUCCCAAGACGGCUACACAGGUAGUCAGGGAUCUGUUGACGGAAAAUCGCAAUUACAUUUGGCACCAGAAUUAUACCGACCCAGCCAAGUACGCAGCCAUCAAAUUGAAUGCCUGAGGCAUAUAUUUAUGCCCCGGGAAAAUAUUUCUUCCUCAGGCAGUAAAUAAUUAGUGGCAACGGCAAGGCACGUGACACCCUUUUCCAUCUUCCGGAAUUCCUGGGCGACCGGCAAAACGCUUCCGUCGCCUUUCGGACAGCCGAAGAGACAGAGAGACAGCGCAACGACGACUGGAAGGG